AAACAUAUCAUUGAAUGAAGAGAAAUGAGAAACCAUUGAAGCCGUCCAGCUAUUUCCCAUCCUCCAUUCCCUAUUUCCCUCUCUCUUUUCUCCACAUUUUUCUCUAAAAAAUCCAAACAUAUCUACUUUCCCUUUUCUUUCUCUCUCUCCCUCUAAAAGCUACUCAAAUCCAAGUCCAAGAGUAAGCUCAGAAGAAGAAGCAGAAAAUAGCUUAGCUUAAACUGUGAAAAUGGCUAUAAAAAUGCUUCUUUUUCUAUGCAUUUCCGCCUUAUUAAGUACUUCCUCUUUAUCCCAGCGCCAUUCGCCGCUAAAUACUGCUUUUUACCGCAAAUCAUGCCCAAGAUUUGAGCAGAUAAUGGAAGAAACCACUACAAACAAACAGAUCACUUCUCCUACUACCGCCGCCGCCACCCUCCGCCUCUUCUUCCACGACUGCUUCGUCGGCGGCUGUGACGCCUCCGUACUUGUCUCCUCCACUCCCUUCAACAAAGCCGAGCGUGACGCCGAAAUCAACCUUUCCCUCCCCGGCGAUGGCUUCGACGUGGUCGUACGCGCCAAGACCGCGCUUGAACUUUCCUGUCCAGGUAUAGUCUCUUGCUCCGACAUUCUCGCCGUCGCUGCCCGAAACCUUGUCGUCCAAACUGGCGGCCCGUUUUAUCCAGUUAAAUUGGGCCGUAAAGAUUCUUUUGUAUCGAAAGCCUCAUUAGUAGAAGGAAAUCUGCCCCGGCCCACAAUGCCGAUGGAUCAAAUCAUUAAGAUUUUCGAAUCCAGAGGAUUUUCGAUUCAAGAAAUGGUAGCAUUAUCUGGAGCUCACACAAUUGGAUUUUCCCACUGUAAAGAGUUCAACUCGGAUCUUUAUAACUACAACAAAACUUCACAAGCUGAUCCUUCGUAUAAUCCGAGGUUUGCUCAAGCUUUGAAAGAUGCUUGUAGUAAUUCCCAGAAAGAUCCAACAUUAUCAGUGUUCAACGAUAUAAUGACUCCUAACAAAUUCGAUAAUAUGUAUUAUCAGAACUUGCCUAAGGGUUUGGGUUUAUUGUCUUCAGACCGUGGUCUGUUUUCAGAUCCGAGGACGAGAAUUCACGUUGAGGAAUAUGUUAGAGAUCAGAAUGCAUUUUUUAAGGCGUUUGCUUCAGCAAUGCAGAAGCUUAGUGAACAUGGUGUUAAAAUUGGUAAACAUGGUGAGAUCAGGCACAGGUGUGACGCUUUCAACAAUUGAUAUGGCGUUUGAUUCAAGAAUUGAGUAUCUUAUGUUUUUGGGUUCGAAUCUAUUUGUUUUUGCAUUAAAUUACUUACGAGAUGAAAGCAACUUAUAAUAUGUAUACAAUGUUUUUACCCUUUAUUUAGAUUAGAAACCUCUCCUUUUGCAAAGAUUUAGUUCUGUUUUUUUCGCUCAUGUGUUCUGUUAAUUAGUAAUUGGUAUUGUAUUCAAGGGAAAUUACUGUAUUUGUGAUUAGUGUGAACUAUAUUGUACUAUUAAAAUUGGUGUAUACUGAUUCAGGUGAGAUGCACGUAAGAGGCGGAAACCGUAAAUAAAGUUUGCAACUUUUUAUUUUC